GCCCGCGGCGGCAGCAGCCGCAGCAACAAGUGGGGCCGGUGCUUGGCCCGCUGCCGGCGCCGGGGCCGCGGCCGAGCCGCCGUGCACCUCAGCCGCAGCCUGAGCGGAGCGGAGCUGCGCCGGCAGAGCCGCAAUGGGAGAGGCUCUGCAGGAGAGCAGAGGAGCCGCCUUGCUGCCCAGGAGCUGCUGCAGCCGCCGGGGAAUCGCCAGCAGCCAUGCCGAGCUGGCCGGAUACAAGAUGACCCUCACAACUACACCAGUAGCCAGCGUGGCCCAGGCUUUCUUUUACCUGCUGCUGUGUGUCCCUUGGGGCAGCUCCUGCCCCCCAAGCUGUCAAUGCACAGAGCGGGCAGGAGCGAAGGCCGUCCUCUGCAGCUCCCGGCACUUGGAGGAGAUCCCGAAGGACAUCCCCAAAGACGCAGUGUUCCUCAAGCUGGAUGCCAACAGCAUCACCAGGAUCCCCAGCAAUGCCUUCAGGCACCUCUCCCACCUGGAGGAACUUGAUCUCUCUAGGAAUGCCAUUGAGAAGAUCGACAGGGCAGCUUUCAAAGGAGUGGCUGCUGGGCUGCGUACCCUCGACCUCUCCAGCAACCGCAUCCGCAGCAUCCCCAAGGAGGCCUUGCUGGCGCUCAAUGCCAAGCUCCGGCUGGCCAACAACCCCUGGCACUGCGAGUGUGCCUUGCAGGAGGUGCUGUGGGAAGCACGGCUGGACCCCGACUCCGUCCAGGACAUCACCUGCCACACGGCCCCACGAGAGGAGUAUGUGGGCAAGCCGCUGCUCCAGGUCCUGGAUGCCGGAGUCAACUUCUGCAGCGUGCGCCAGAGGACCACGGAUGUGGCCAUGUUCAUCACCAUGUUUGGCUGGUUCGCCAUGGUCAUUGUCUAUGUGAUCUGCUACGUCCGGCACAACCGAGAGGACACCUGCAAGCACGUGGACUACCUGAAGUCACUGCCAAGCACCCAGGGCCAUGCCGAGACCACCAGCACUGCUCUGUAGCGCAGGAUUGGGCCAUCCCUUUCCCAGCUUCUUUGCAGAGAGCCAGUGGCAACCUGAUGGCCUUCAAAUUUUCUUGAUGGGAUUUUGCAGUGUUUGCUCCAGUCCUGCAAAUGAGUGCCACUGCCUUCACCCCUGCCAGUGAUGGUGGACUGAGUGUGAGCAAAUGGCACGGGGAGGGGUGUUGGGGACACCCCAUGCAGACCUGCCGAUGGAGCCCAGGCUCCUGGGGAAGACUCUCCUACACAUAGACCCCUUCUCCCCUGCCAGGGCUGGGCUCACAGGGAAAGCAGUCCCAGCCACCUACUUUUGGUCCAUGGGGUUUGGAGAGAACAAGACCCUGGGAGAGACAGAUGAAGGUAGGGGCUCUUGUGGACCUUCAGGAAGACCCUGGAGCCUGGGAUGCAGAGGGAGGUUAGCUUUGUGUGGCGAGAUCACCCUGUCCUGGCUCCAGUGAGGGACCAGCCUUGCAGAGAGCAUGACGUCAGGCCUAGCCACCACACAGCAUCUCAGCAGCCUCUGCCUGCCAGCAGCAACCUGUGGGUGAUGUCCCAAACCUUUGAUUUCUCAAUAAAACCCUACAUGUAGGAAAA